AUGUUGACAAUCACUAACUUGAAUGUUGCUUGGCUAGAGCUACUAUGCUUUGGCGGUGUUACAGUCGCAGUCUAUCUGGCAAAGCAGGUGGUCAUCAAGAAGAAUCCUGGUCCAUAUCCACCUGGUCCCCGGGGGUGGCCUCUCAUUGGCAAUAUUUUAGAUAUGCCUCGCAGCAAACCCUGGCUCACAUUUACUGAGUGGGGUGAUAUCACGCAUAUCGAGGUUCUGGGUCGGCACAUCAUUGUGCUGAACUCUGUCAAGACUGCAAUAGAAAUGAUGGACAGUAAAAGCACUUUGUAUUCUGACCGUCCUGUGCUUCCUAUGGCUGGCGAACUUGUUGGCUGGAAGUACUCUUUGCCUUUUCUUCCUUAUGGUCGCAGUUUUCGCCAGCAACGCAAGAAGAUACAUCGCGUUAUCGGCAGUCGCGCCGCAAUGGACGUAUACAACGAGACUGAAGAGGUUGAGACUCGUCGAUUCCUGAAGCGUGUGCUUGCGAAACCUGACCAACUGCAGGAUCAUAUCCGACACACUGCUGUCGCUGUUGUUCUGCGUAUCACUCACGGCUACGAAGUGCAAGAGAACAAUGAUCCUUGGGUUGAUCUUGCAAAUCGUGUUACAGAAAAUUGCUCGCAGGCCUCGGCUCCCGGUGCCUUUAUGGUUGAUAUUUUACCAUUCUUGGCAAAGGUCCCCGCGUGGUUCCCAGGUGCUGGCUUCAAACGCAUAGCACGUGAAUGGCGUGGGACCCUCGAACAGAUGGUCUCUACACCCCACAAAUUCGUCAAGGACCAGAUGGUUGCUGAUAUCGCCCCUGUGUCUUUUACCUCGAAUCUUUUGAAAGGGGGUGAUGUAUCGGCGGAAGAGGACCACGUCGUAAAAUGGUCUGCGUUUUCCAUAUACGCCGGUGGUUCCGAUACGACUAUUUCUGCAGUAUACUCGCUUUUUCUAGCUAUGACACUUUUCCCUGAUGUGCAGAAGAAAGCUCAGGCCGAAAUAGAUGCGGUUGUUGGUCAUGACCGUCUUCCCUCCUUCGCCGACCGCGACUCCCUCCCCUAUACUAAUGCGCUUGUCAAAGAAGUUCUGCGCUGGAAUGCUAUCUUUCCCACCGGCUUCCCCCACUGUGUGGCUGAAGACGAUAUCCACGACGGAUACUAUAUUCCAAAAGGUUCCUUAGUAAUGCCUAACCUUUGGUUCAUGCUCAACGAUCCACGCACAUAUGCUAACCCCUCACAAUUCAAUCCUGAACGUUUCUUGGCUAAGGAUGGAAAGGAACCUGAGACGGAGCCUUCCACAAUGUGCUUCGGCUUCGGUAGACGGCAAGCACAAAAUUGUAUUUGCCCAGGUCUCCACCUUGCUGAUGCUUCCAUUUGGAUAUCCACUGCGAUGUCACUGGCCGUGUUUGAUAUUUCCAAGGUUGUUGAGAAUGGUGUUGAGAUCACCCCCGAGGUUGAUCCCUUACCAGGUAUAGCCAGCCACCCCAAACCCUUCAAGUGUUCUAUCAAGCCUCGCUCUGCAACUGCCCUUGCACUCAUUGAACAACAUGCUAACUACUAA